AUGGGAGCCAUGGCUCGCCCCUUACUCUUCUGCCUCCUGCUCACUCAUCUGGGACUGGGAGCGGUGGGCGCCGGCCGCGACCCUGCGGGACGUCCGGGCUCCCCCCGAGAGAGGACCCUGCGGGGGAAGCAGCACGCCCAGCAGCCGGCCGGAGCUCCUGUCUCGGACCCCUGGGCUCCCUGGAGCCGCUCCACCGACGGCACCAUCUUGGCGCAGAAACUCGCCGAGGAGGUGCCGGUGGACGUGGCCUCUUACCUCUACACCGGGGACUCCCACCAGCUGAAGCGGGCCAACUGCUCCGGCCGCUACGAGUUGGCGGGCCUGCCGGGGAAGUCGACGGCCCUGGCCAGCUCCCAUCCCUCUCUGCACGGGGCACUGGACACGCUGACACACGCGACCAACUUCCUCAACAUGAUGCUGCAGAGCAAUAAGUCGCGAGAGCAGAACUUGCAAGACGACCUGGAGUGGUACCAGGCGCUGGUGCGGAGUCUGCUGGAGGGCGAGCCCAGCAUCUCGCGGGCGGCCCUCACCUUCAGCACCGAGUCGCUGUCCGCGUCCGCCCCGCAGGUCUUCCUCCAGGCCACGCGCGAGGAGAGCCGCAUCCUGCUUCAGGACCUGUCGUCCUCGGCACACCACCUGGCCAACGCCACACUGGAGACCGAGUGGUUCCAUGGCCUCCGGCGCAAGUGGCGGACCCACGUACAGCGCCGCGGCUCCAAUCAGGGGCCCCGGGGCCUGGGCCACAGCUGGCGGCGCAGGGACGGGCUUGGCGGGGACAAGGGCCACGUCAAGUGGUCUCCGCCUUACCUGGAGUGCGAGAACGGGAGUUACAAGCCGGGGUGGCUGGUCACUCUCUCCGCCGCUUUCUACGGGUUGCAGCCUAACUUGGCCCCAGAAUUCAGGGGUGUCAUGAAAGUGGACAUAAGUCUUCAGAAAGUGGACAUUGACCAGUGUUCGAGUGAUGGCUGGUUUUCAGGAACUCACAAAUGCCACCUUAACAAUUCGGAGUGUAUGCCGAUUAAAGGCCUCGGAUUUGUGCUUGGAGCCUAUCAGUGCAUUUGCAAAGCAGGAUUCUAUCAUCCUCGAGUCUUCUCGGUGAACAAGUUUCAGAGAAGGGGUCCGGAUCACCAUUUUGCAGAAAGUACAAAAGAUGUGUCAGAAGAAGCCCAUGUCUGCCUACCCUGCAGGGAGGGCUGCCCCUACUGUGCCGAUGACAGCCCCUGCUUUGUCCAGGAGGAUAAGUAUUUACGACUUGCUAUCAUCUCCUUCCAAGCCCUGUGUAUGCUGCUCGACUUCAUUAGCAUGCUGGUGGUCUACCACUUUCGCAAAGCAAAGAGCAUCAGGGCAUCGGGUCUUAUCCUGUUGGAAACAAUCCUUUUUGGGUCUCUGCUUCUAUACUUUCCGGUGGUUAUUUUGUACUUUGAGCCAAACACAUUUCGCUGUAUUCUCCUAAGAUGGGUCCGCCUCCUUGGUUUUGCUACCGUUUAUGGAACUGUCACUCUCAAGCUCCACAGGGUUUUGAAAGUGUUUCUUUCACGAACAGCCCAAAGGAUUCCAUAUAUGACUGGUGGACGAGUUAUGAGGAUGCUGGCAGUAAUACUUCUGGUAGUAUUUUGGUUUCUUGUUGGCUGGACUUCGUCUGUUUGCCAGAAUUUGGAGAGGCAGAUUUCUCUUAUUGGCCAAGGGCAAACAUCUGAUCACCUCAUCUUCAAUAUGUGCCUCAUUGAACGCUGGGAUUACAUGACAGCAGUUGCUGAAUUUUUAUUCCUCUUGUGGGGUGUUUAUCUCUGCUACGCAGUGCGGACAGUCCCAUCAGCAUUUCACGAGCCACGCUACAUGGCCGUUGCAGUUCACAAUGAGCUGAUCAUCUCUGCUAUAUUCCAUACAAUUAGAUUUGUUCUUGCCUCGAGGCUUCAGUCUGAUUGGAUGUUGAUGCUGUAUUUUGCACAUACUCAUUUGACCGUGACAGUCACCAUUGGGUUGCUUCUGAUUCCAAAGUUUUCACAUUCAAGCAAUAAUCCACGAGAUGACAUUGCUACAGAAGCAUAUGAGGAUGAGCUAGACAUGGGUCGGUCUGGAUCCUACCUGAACAGCAGUAUCAACUCAGCUUGGAGUGAGCACAGCUUGGAUCCAGAGGACAUUCGGGAUGAGCUGAAGAAACUCUAUGCUCAGUUGGAAAUAUAUAAAAGGAAGAAGAUGAUCACAAAUAACCCCCACCUACAGAAAAAGCGGUGCUCGAAAAAGGGGCUAGGUCGUUCAAUUAUGAGGCGUAUAACUGAAAUCCCAGAGACAGUCAGCAGACAGUGUUCCAAAGAGGACAAGGAAGUCACAGAGCACAGCACGGCCAAGAGCACUGCCCUCGUUAAGAAGAACCCUCAAGAGUCUUCAGGUAACACUGGGAAACCCAAGGAGGAGUCCCUGAAAAACAGAGUCUUCUCGCUGAAGAAAUCCCACAGCACUUAUGAUCAUGUAAGAGAACAAACGGAAGAGUCCAACAGUUUACCUACUGAGAGCCAAGAAGAGGAGGCUACUGAAAACUCCACACUGGAGUCUCUGUCAGGGACAAAACUAACACAAACGCUGAAAGAAAACAGCGAAGCUGAGUCCACAGAGUCUGUGCCUUUGGUGUGUAAGUCAGCAAGUGCUCACAAUCUCAGCUCAGAGAAGAAGCCGGGCCACCCACGAACAUCCAUGUUACAGAAGUCUCUCAGUGUCAUAGCAAGUGCCAAGGAGAAGACUCUUGGAUUAGCAGGGAAAACCCAAACAUCAGGUGUGGAAGAACGUGCUAAAUCCCAGAAACCUCUGCCAAAAGAUAAAGAGGCAAACAGAAAAUACUCAAAUUCAGAUAACGCAGAGACUAAAGAUUCUGUUCCUCAAAACCCCGGUCACUUGGAGGAGCCAGGAAAACCUCAGAAAUCUGGAAUUAUGAAACAACAAAGGUCCAACCUCCCCGCUGCCAAUUCUGACAUGAGCCCAGGUACCGCCGAAAUGAAGGACAACUUUGACAUAGGGGAAGUGUGCCCUUGGGAGAUUUAUGACCUGACCCCUGGUCCUGUGCCUUCAGAAUCAAAAGUUCAAAAGCACGUAUCUAUUGCAGCUUCUGAAAUGGAGAAACACCCAACAUUUUCCUUAAAGGAGAAAUCUCAUCACAAGCCUAAGGCAACUGAACUAUGUCAGCAAUCCAAUCAGAAGAGCAGAGACAAGGUUGAAGUCUGCCCUUGGGAGAACCAAGGUCAGCCCCUUUUUGAAGAUGAGAAGCUUUUGAUAUCCAAGACUCAGGCUCCCCCAGGGAGGGCAAAAGAUGAGAAUGGUGGUCAACAUUAUGCAGCCAAUGUGUGUGCUGGGCAAUAUGAAGAACUGCCCCCCAAAGUUGUGGCAUCAAAAGUAGAGAAUGGAAAUCUUAACCAAAUAGGAGACCAGGAAAAAAAGACAUCUUCCUAUAAUUCAAGUAAUAACUUUCAGCAGUCUUUAACAUCACGAGCUGAGGUGUGUCCUUGGGAGUUUGAGUCCCCAGAUCAACCAAAUGCUGAAAGUAAUGUAGCUUUACCUGCCUCUUUGGCUUUAAAUGCAAAUCAGAUAGCAGGGCCUAGAAAAUAAGAGGUCUGGGAUACCUUCAAAGUGCAGCAUCCCCAGAAUGAAAAGAAAGAAAACUUGAAUUUGAUGUAAGACAGAAGAUAUAAGGAUCAAAAAUUUCAAAGAGUAUUUGCCAAUCAGGGGAAAUAUGAAAGGCAUGGAAAGGUAGAAGAAGACUAAGGAGGGUAGAGAAACAUCAUCACGGAGAAGUUAGACUGGCCAAAAAGUCUUUCCCCUGGUAACACUAGGAAAACCUUCACAUUUCAGCGUGUAUAGAGGAAGUUGCCCACAAUGCCUGCCCCUGAUCAGUAUUUACCCACAGGACUUUGAAGAUCCUCAUCAAGGCAAGCCAGAAGACACAGAAAAGGUAUGAGAUUUGCAAAGAAGAAGGUAUAAAUGAAAUUCUAAGUAGCUGACUGAAAAGAACUUACUCUACCUAUAUAACCUUGAUAACACUGCUAAC